AUGAGCCCUCUAGACCACGAUAUUUACUUGAAUGUGUACGGUUUCACUCUGGCAUCCCGUAUGAGGGAAUAUGAGCUGGACUCGAAAAAACGGACAGCUGCUUCGCCGUGGCCGGUCGUCGGAGGCUUUGCGGACGUCUCAACCGAGGAGAUAUCGGAACGCAGAGCUGACGGACAUCCGCUCCUUGAUACCGCGAUCGUUCAAGGCAAUGUCGUGUGCAAUCACUGGUGGAAAGCACAGGGACCUGCUAAGGAGGGGCAAUAUUUUUGCGUCGGCUGGCUUCGUAGCUCGGACUGCAAGGCUGGUAGGGAUCCAAAACUAGAUAAACUCGACUGCGGUUUUCGUUUCGAUGCCGGCCAGGUUGAGAGAAGGGAGCCUAUGUAUCUGAACGCAACCUGGGAUAGGAAAAGUACCUGGGGUCUGCAUUAUGCUGGCAUGACACAGCAGCAGCUCGACUCGCGCGCCGCAUACUACCGCGGGACCACGAGCACAAACCCUGCAUGGGACAUUAUACGGUCCCUUCGAUCGGCCCCGAUCAUACUCGAAGACUAUGGCGAGUUCACUUCUAAGCACGGUGCCACAGGAGUCCUGAUCUUCAUCACCAGCUCACCUGAAGGAGAUAACCGCGCCGCAGGAGUUGAUCGCAUGGGGUGUUUCGGGGAUAUUGAUGGGCAGCGGGACGCGACCGGCCUCUGA